AUGGAUCAAACAAGCAAAAUAAAAAGUGAUAAAGCAAAUCAUUAUUCCCAAAGAACUCAAAAAAUAAAUAACUUACAAACAGAGCAACCUCAAAAAGGAAAAUGCUACUCAUGUGGACAAAUAGGACACUUUGCAAAAGAAUGCCCAAAAAGAAAAGGAAAAGAAGUAUAUAAUAGAGUACAAUCAACUUACAGAAGCUAUAAUGGAAAACAAAAAAAAACUUAUGUCAAAAAAUACUGUUUAUAUUGUAGAAAAAAUAAUGGAUAUCACACCAAAACAUGUCCAAAUAAUAAUGCCAACUACUAUAAAGGAAAAAGAGCAAGAGGACCAACACCUAUAGUUCAUAAAUAUAAUAACUUCAAAAGUAAUAAAGGAAAAGGAAAACCUCAAUACAAUAAUAACAAUAGAAACAAUGGAGGAAGAAAACCACAAAACAAUACAAGAAAAUCUUUCACAAAAAGAAGAGUAAAUAAUUACAAGGAAGAAAAACAACCAGAAAAAGUAUACAACUCUAAAAGAAAAGAAAAGUAA